UGGUCAUGGUUAAUAACCUUUUCUUGGUUACCCCACCCCCCCUCUAUAGGAAGCGAGCAUCUCCCCUCCCCAAAGAUGACCACUCAGGAGGGGUGAAGGACUCACUGCUGGGCAACUCUUCAGACCCUGUAGAGAUGAGACGACUCAACUACCAGACACCAGGUCCCAGUACUCAACGCUGUCCCAACACUCCAAGAAUGAGAGAGCACCCUCCCAUCACUGUGUGUGAUCUGGCGGACCACAUAGACAGGCUAAAGGCCAACGAUGGCCUGCGCUUCUCGCAGGAGUACGAGGUAAGAUUGCCGCCGCAGCCUUGGACACCAGUUCAGCUGCCUGCAACGGUUUCUCAUAAUAGCCCCACAGGCUGUGAGCUACUCGUUCACCUCAACGCCAGAGUGUGUCUCAGAAGAAUGUCAGUCUCUCCUGUGACACUCGGGGAUUAUCGGUCGUCAGUGACUCUCGCUUACAAAUAA